GAAGUAUCUGUAGACAUUUUAACUAAUCUGAAGGACAUUAAAUGUUUCCUGAAUGUUUUCAUCUUCAGAUACAUUUAUGUAAUGUAUUUUGGUAUGUAUUUGUAGGAACCUAAUUUCUGGACAUCCGAUAUAGAAAGAAUCGACUGAUACUAUUUAAACAAUAUGGUAUCGCCGCUAAUUAUUUAGGGGCAUACAAAGAAUAUUGUUUUUGUCAGGAAGUGGUGAAUUUGAUGCUAAAACACAAGAUUACUUAAUAUUCGUUUGUAGUGCAUGUGGAUAUUAUAGACAGAGAACAAGACGUGCCAAAUUUUUAGUGAUGUCGACUCCAGCAAGAAGACGACUUAUGAGGGAUUUCAAAAGAUUGCAAGAAGACCCUCCUGCUGGCGUCAGUGGCGCUCCCUCUGAGAACAAUAUCAUGGUGUGGAAUGCUGUCAUAUUUGGGCCAGAGGGAACACCUUUUGAGGAUGGCACAUUUAAACUUACAGUGGAGUUCACGGAAGAGUACCCAAACAAACCACCCACAGUCAGAUUUGUCUCCAAGAUGUUUCAUCCUAAUGUGUAUGCUGAUGGCAGUAUAUGUCUUGAUAUUCUUCAGAACCGCUGGAGUCCAACAUAUGAUGUAUCAUCAAUUCUCACUUCUAUCCAGUCUUUGUUAGAUGAGCCAAAUCCCAACAGUCCGGCCAAUAGCCAAGCGGCACAGCUCUACCAGGAAAACAAACGGGAGUACGAGAAGAGAGUCUCUGCCAUCGUCGAGCAGAGCUGGAGGGACAGCUGACCCCCCCCCAAAAUGACAUCUUACCUUCGAAGUUAGAACAUUGUGGAAUUUAGAGUAGCUUGAGUGAAUUGGUUUAGCAUUUUUUUUACUGUUUCUGUCAUUGUUUUGGAGAAAUUGUAUGCACUUUAAUGAUUUGCUCUACCAAGUGAGGGUAUCACACACAUUUUGUUUAGUGGUGGGGGGGGGGGUUUAUCUACUGGACAUGUACUAUUACUGCAUGUCCUGCCCCCAUUCAGAAUUGAUCCAGCAGACUUGAUUGACCCACAUACAUCCCUAACAUGCCACGCCAGACUCUGUGACCAAAUAUAUAUGCCUCCGGCAGUGUUUUGUUAGUCUCAAAUAUAGUUAGAACAAAAAUGACAAUGUACAGUAUCAGCACAGUGGAUGGUCCUUUUCUGCACUUGUAAUAAAAAGGGCUUCCUUU